GGCGGGUUUGUAGAUGUCAACGUGCGUUCAGCUGUCAAGUCAGGUCGCGAAAGGGUGGUAAUUUCUCGAAAGGCGAAAAUGGAGCUGUCACCUGAUGCAAAGGAACGAUUGGGAAUCGUGUUUGAAGCUGUGAAAACUGUGUUCCACUGGGGAUUCAUUCCAACGGUUAUUUACUUAGGUUUCCGAAAAGGCCCAGAAGCUGGGAUGCCUCCCCUAACAAUAAUGAGUUUGCUGUGGCAAUGAGCGUUUCAAUGCCAUAAUUUAACUCUUAGAUUUUAGGGUAAAAUCCUCAGUGGAUCUAAUUUACAAAUAAAUUGUCUCAUAGUAACCUGGAA